ACUGCCUUCGUGGCUGAAGAAGAAGAAGAAGAUGCCAUUCUCUGGUUAUUCCCGUGGUGAGACUAGAAUGAUUCUAGUCGCACCAUACCCGUUAGUUGUCUGGCGAAGAGCUCCCCCUAAUCUCUAGCUGCCUUUUUCCAUCUUCGUCCAUUUUUGCAAUGAGAAACCACGGAGUCAUGAGCAAAGACAGAGCCGUUAUUUUCAACGAGGCUUCGGAACGGCAGAGCUACGACAAGAGGUACCGCAGUGUCGGUGUCCUGAAGUUUCGCCUCUGGACAAGCCUUUCUUCGAAGAAGGCUCACCUUACAGUCGUCGUACUCGUUGUACUCGUGCUCCGUGUCUUCCUCUCACGAGCACAGCGACCGGUGUGCUUCUAUGACGUCGAUAAUUAUACCGGCGCCGUUUCGUACGUGGUACCCAACGUCAUCCACUACGUGCGGUUCGGACAGCCGAACGUCUCUUUCAUGGACGCCGUGAGCAUGCGGUCUGCGUACAUCAACCACGCACCGGACAAAAUUGUGGUGCACUGCGACGAGUGCCAGUUAGGCGGACCGCUUGCCUACUUGGUCCGCGGUAUACCGAACGUUACGAUCACGAAACGGCGUCCAGCAGAGACCAUUUUCGGACGUGAGGUGGGCUGCAUUGAGCACGCUUCGGACGUCGCUCGCAUGCAGAUUCUGCUGGAACACGGAGGCAUCUACUUGGACAACGACUGCAUAGUCAUUCAACCUCUGCACCAAUUUCGACACUUUGAAAUGUCCAUAGGGUGGCCACCUGAUGCGUACUUAGGAACCAUGGUGCUGUUAGCUGCUCCCCGUGCUCGAUUCCUUCGGCUGCACCUGGAACUUUACCGCGAGUACAACAGCAGUCUGUGGUAUUACAACGCCGGAGACCUGCCCACCAUGCGUCUCCUGUGGCCACAUCCCCACCUCGUUCAUGCCGUCCCCGUCCUCUUCGGCGUCGACAUGGACAUGCUGAGCAAGCUCUACACCCCCGGGGAUCACCCCGAAUGGAGGAGCUAUUUUGCGGUUCACACGUUCGUCAACCAUCGUUCUGUAAAGGAAGAUCCCUUGUAUGGUCGGGAGAUCGACUUGCAGAAUGUGAGGACAUACAACACCUCACUGGGCGAAAUGAUACGUGAGGUUCUCUUCGGUACGUCGGCGUUUGUGAGCAACGACACCGAAGUGAGACCAGUCACCGAUCUUUACGCUGCAAAGCUUCUCGCUUUGCAGAGUAGAGAUGGGUGAAGAGUCGAAACCGAAGUCGACUAUACGAGGCAGUCAUCUACAGGAAAGUAAAAUAUUCGUAAUUUAUAUUAAAGGGUUGGUUAAUUACGUGACUAAUGGUCGAAAGCGG